AUGACCCGCCGCACGUGCUUCGACGCGCUCCGACGCGCGGUCGCGUCCGCCGCCGCGGCGUCGCGGCUCCCGCCGGGCGGUCCGCGCGCGGCGCCCGCGGCCGCGCGGACGACGCUCGAGCGGGGGCGCGUCCUGAACGACGUAAAUCAUCACCGUCGUCGUCGUCUCCCGAUGAUGGUGAAUUGUGCCGCGCCCGCGUCGCUCGCGCCCGCGGCCGUGCGGCACUGGCAGUCCACCGCGGGGGCGAUCCAAUCGCGCGUCAUCAUCUCCGCGUACGGCCCGGACCGCCCGGGGAUCAUGUCCGAGCUCGCGAAGAUCAUCCUGGAGAGCGCCGGGAACGUCGAGAACUCGCGCGCGACGCGGCUCGGCGACGACAGCAACAUCAUGAUGCUCGUGUGCUUCGGCGAGAGCACCGACGAGCAGCGCCGCGCGUUCGAACGCCGCGUGCACGAGAUCCCGGGGCUCACGGUGACGCUCCGCGCGACGACGGCGAAGCGGCACACGGACGAAACCCUGGACGCGGGGGCGGGCCGGUGGCGGCGGAUCGUGCUGCACGGGACGGACUACCCCGGGCUCCUGCACGAGAUGGCGGGCUCGCUCGCGCAGGAGGGAAUUAACAUCGAGGCCAUAAACACGGACACGCAGAAGGCGCCGUUCGGGGACGACGACCUGUUCACCGUGGACGCGGUCGUGGAGAUACCCGCGGACGCGGACAUCGCGCGGUUCAAGAAGAGCCUGGACCGGCUGAAGCAGAAGCUCGGCGUGGACAUCGAGGUGAGCGACCACGAGCCGUACGAGUCGGUGCAGCGACACAAAUAG